AUGGUCAACACUUUCUGCUCAAGAUCAAAAACAUUGUGGAAGAGACAUAAAUUCCUCAAGCUCCCUGAAGCCAAAGCCAGCCAGCCUGAGGCAAAAGAACAAACAACACCCCCAGCCGAUACACCAGCCAAGGAAGAGCCACCCGCUGCCACUGCCGCUGCUGUCUCGGCACCCUCGGAGCCUGAGCCCACGCCUUCCUCAUUUCCUGAUGACACUUCGCUGAAGAACCACGAGCCUCAUCUGGGACCCAAGCCUCGCACCCACAACAGGGUCCUCAACCCUCCUGGAGGAAAGUCUAGUGUGGUGUUCUACUGAUCUGCUGAGCGUGCCACCUCUCCCAGUUUGUGUCCAUUAACCUCUUUGUCUGCUCCCCUGUUAAUCUUCUCUCAUUCCUACACUGCUUUUUUGAUGGUCAUGUGAUCUGUACACCUAAAUGCAGCCCAGUUAUUGUUGUUGUUCACACCUGAUGCCUGGGCUCAUAAGUUGUCCUCAACAUCUUGCAUUUUCAUCCCCCGUUUCUGACU